UUCACCUUCCAACACUGUAGCGACCAAAACAAGCCGAAAAUCAACAAAUUGUUUUGUUUAAAUGAGUUUCUGAAUGAAACCUAGACAAAAAAUGGCUCAAAACCAAGCCCCAGCCGCCAAACGCGUCAAGCUGGAGAACAAACCGGCAAAUCUGCUCGAGGAUGAUGAAACACCCUCGGUCUUCAAUCCCAAGUACAGGGUAUGCCCCUACCUGGACACCAUCAACCGCAAUCUGUUGGACUUUGACUUUGAGAAGCUGUGCUCCAUUUCGCUGACGAGGAUCAAUGUGUACGCGUGUCUGGUGUGCGGGAAGUACUUCCAGGGACGCGGCACCAACACCCACGCCUACACGCAUUCCGUGGGCGAGGCCCACCACGUGUUCCUCAACCUGCACACGCUACGGUUCUACUGCCUGCCGGACAACUACGAGAUCAUCGAUUCCUCGCUAGACGACAUCAAGUACGUACUGAAUCCGACGUUUACGCGGCAGGAGAUCGCCAAGCUGGACAAGGUGCUGCCCAAGCACUCGCGCACGGUGGACGGCGUGCUGUAUUUGCCCGGAGUGGUGGGCCUGAACAACAUCAAGGCGAACGACUACUGCAACGUGGUGCUGCACGCCCUGUCCCAUGUGGGUCCGCUGCGGGACUACUUCCUGCGCGAGCAGAACUACGCCCACAUCAAGCGUCCGCCCGGCGACUCCAUGUUCACGCUGGUGCAGCGUUUCGGUGAGCUGAUGCGAAAGAUGUGGAAUCCGCGCAACUUCAAGGCCCACGUGUCGCCGCACGAAAUGCUGCAGGCGGUGGUGCUGUGGUCCAGCAAACGGUUCCAGAUCACCGAGCAGGGAGACCCCAUUGACUUUCUCUCCUGGUUCCUCAACACCCUGCAUCGCGCCAUGAAGGGCAACAAGCAACCGAACUCGUCCAUUCUCUACAAGAUCUUUCUCGGGGAAAUGCAGAUCUACACGAGAAAGAUUCCCCCUGUGGAACUGGACGACGCGGCCAAGCAGCAGCUGCUGGCCACCGACGAAUACAAGGACCAAGUGGAGCAGACGAACUUCAUCUAUCUGACCUGCGAUCUGCCACCGCCGCCGCUCUUCACGGACGAGUUCCGCGAGAACAUCAUUCCGCAGGUGAAUCUCUACCAGCUGCUGGGCAAGUUCAACGGCAGUGCGGAGAAGGAGUACAAGACGUACAAGGACAACUUUAUGAAGCGCUUCGAGAUCACCCGCUUGCCGCAGUUCAUCAUACUGUACAUCAAGCGCUUCACGAAGAACACCUUCUUCCUGGAGAAGAAUCCCACCAUUGUCAACUUUCCCAUCAAAAAUGUUGACUUUGGCGACAUACUGGGCAUGCGGCAGAGGGACAAGAAUGUCAAGGACACCAAAUACAAUCUGGUGGCCAACAUUGUCCACGACGGCGACCCCAAGAAGGGCACCUAUCGCGCCCAUAUUCUGCACAAGGCCAACGGCCAGUGGUACGAGAUGCAGGACCUCCACGUCACAGAGAUCCUGCCGCAGAUGAUCACGCUCACCGAGUCCUACAUCCAAAUCUACGAGCGCAGUCCCGACUCGUCGUGAUCCGCCUCAUCCCCAUGUGUUUCAUUUGUAAAAAUCCCUGAGAGGAACGUGUUAGUCGAGUCCAGCGACAAUAGAAAGCCCUUUAAUACAAUUUUCGAUUCUUUUGGACAA